AGACCAUCUAGGGUGGAGCAUUUGGGAAAGAAACACUGAGCCCUCCUCUCAUCUCAGGCCUCCCGCUUCUCUGGGCAGAUCAUGAGCCAUCAGCUCCUCUAGGGGAGGCAGUAGUAGGACGACAAAACUCAACAAAGGACCCAGUGCACCAGGCACCAUGGGACAGUGUCGGUCAGCCAAUGCUGAGGAUGCCCAGGAAUUCAGUGAUGUGGAGAGGGCCAUUGAGACCCUCAUCAAGAACUUCCACCACUACUCUGCAGAGGGUGGGAAGGAGACACUGACCCCCUCUGAGCUACAAGACCUGGUUACCCAGCAGCUGCCUCACCUCAUGCCGAGCAACUGUGGGCUGGAAGAGAAAAUUGCCAACCUGAGCAGCUGUAGCGACUCUAAGCUGGAGUUUGGGAGUUUCUGGGAGCUGAUUGGAGAAGCAGCCAAGAGUGUGAAGCUGGAGAGCCCUGUUCGAGGGAGCUGAGAACUACCCCUGGAAUGCUUGGCAGGUGUUGGAGAGAGGGGGUCUUAGAGACUGUGGUUCUGGAAAUAAAAACUCUCUUCCACCACCGCCCUACUCCCUGGCCUGCACCUCUCCUCAGUUCUGCCAAGUCCAUGUCUCAAUGGCCUUCCACAGGGUCUCCAUGUACUUCCGUCCGGGGUGCUCUGUGGAGUUUACAGAUCCAGGAGUGCUCACCAGAGAUAGGCUUG